AUCAUUUUUUUUUUCUGUAAAUUAGACUUAUACAGCAGUUCACUGGUUAACUGUGUUGGAACUUGGAAGAUGGGCACUUUGCAUUCACCAUUGGUUUGAUAACAACAUUUAUUAAACAACACACGUUUCAGGGACAGCAAAAAAAGUGUGAUUUUUCACUCCAACAACUACAAGCAUUCAUCUUCUAUGUACGACUGAAAUUUUCAGUUCAACAUUCUUCUUCCUUUCAUAUCUUAUUCAAUUUUCCCCGCAGUAGAUUUUUUUGGACGAUAAGAUCUCCUGGUAAUGGAUGAAGAAAAAUCACAAGUUCUGUCAAAACUUGAAGCUGCCAAGAGGAUGGCUGCUGAAAAGGAUUAUGCGGGUGCAAGAUCUCGGCUUCUUGAACUACACAAUCAAUUUCCAGGUUCGAAAAAUAUUUCGCAGAUGAUAACUGUGUGUGACAUCUUAUUUGCAUCAGAAUUAACUACCUUAGAUGGCCAAACGGACUGGUACUGGGUUCUUCAACUUAGUCCAGCAGCUACGAUUUCUCAACUAAGAUUGAGAUACAAUAAAUUUACCGCCCUCUUGGAAGGGGUUAAGGGUGAAUUUCCCGGGACUGUUUCUGCAUUGAAGCUAGUUCACGAUGCAUAUGACGUCCUUUCGACCCCACCAAAGUCUUUGAUAUUUAACUCAAAAAGGCUGACAAGCGCAGCUUUUGACUGUAAUCUGAAUCAAGAACUAAACUGUUCGCUUGUUUGCGAAAAUAUCGGUUCCAAAGACGUUGAAGAAGGUUUCGUACGUGUAGGUGAAAGAAAUCUAACAGCUGAAAUUGAUGAUUUAGAGGGUGCUGAAAUAAUGAACAAAUGGGAUAAGGGAAUCAGUUCUUUUGAACAGAAUUCUGUUUUUUCCUCGAUGGAGGCAACUCGGGCAAAUGAAAAUAAUGCAGCAAACCCCAUAUCUUUUGGUCUUUCGCCUGAGAAAUCAUCCGUUUUUUCAAGAGUCACAACGGGUCUUAAGAGUGACAAAGAUAUCUACAACAUCGAUGGGUCAAAGAAGGGCAAAGUUUUUGAAGCGGGCCAAAUUUGGGCUGCUUACGAUGGUGAAAACUUGCCUCGAAAGUAUGCUCGCAUUAAUAACGUCUUAGAAGCUCCGUUUAGGCUUGAUGUUACUUGGCUACGACCAAUUCCAAAAACCGAAAAUGAAAUAAGUUGGUGUGAGGUUGGGAUGCCGGUGGUUUGUGGGUUAUUUGACCUACAAGAGGAUGAGAACUCUAUGGUUGAUUCUACUCUUUUCUCCCAUUCGGUUUCUUGCACGGCCAAUCCAACUUACGACAAAUUUGAGAUUCUUCCGCAAGAAGAUGAAGUAUGGUCAAUUUAUAAAAACUGGAAACCGUUACAAUGGUUGAAAAACCCCGAAUCUAGAAAAGGAUGUAGUUUACAGAUAGUACGGGUUCUUGAAGCGUACUCUGAUCAGGAGGGCGUGUUGGUUAUGCCGUUAGUCAAGGUUGGUGGGUUCGACCACAUUUACAAGCGACAGUCUGAAACCGGUCUAGAAGGUUCUUUUGCGGUCCCUGCAAAUUGCCUGUAUCAAUUUUCUCAUCAACUUCCCGCACAUGAGCUAGAAGGCGGGAAAUUGUUUGGAGUUUAUGGUGGAAUGUCUGAGCAAGACGUUUCAACAAUCAAUCUAUCGACGUCUCAGAGUCCUGUAUCGCACGUAUCAUCGUUGAAUACGAGGAGGAGUGGCUCGCUAAAAGCGGAAUGGACUUCUGAAGAUGUUUUGGCAAGUCAAGUAUGGGCACUUUACGAUGGUUUUGAUAAGAUGCCUAGGAUAUAUGCAGUAGUAAAUAAGGUGUUUCCGAGUGGAGCAGUGGAGGUGACGUUUUUGGAGCCGAUUCCUAAUCCUAUGGAUAACGAAGAAAUUUCGUGGAUGGAAGAGAAGUUGCCUGUCGGCUGUGGAAUAUUUAAACUCGGUUCCAGAGUUUCGAUUCUUCCGUUGAAUACUCUUUCUCAUUUGGUAAACUGUGACCGAACUACUAAGAACAUGUUGUUCAGAAUUUACCCGAAAAAGGGUGAGAUAUGGGCAAUGUAUAAAAACUGGAACAUAAGAUGGAAGCUACAGAAUCUUAUCAAUUGCCAUUGUCAAAUAGUUGAAGUAAUUUCUGAUUUUACAGACCCUUUUGGCAUGAACACGGCUAGCUUAGAAGAAGCUCCCGGAUUUAAAACUUUUUAUCGAAAGCAACUUAGUGACGGGUUUGCAUUGCACCGAGUAAUUCCAAGGUCGGAAAUGCUUAGUUUUUCACAUCGUAUCGAGGCAUUUGUAGUCCCGGGAAUUGAGGCCCAUGGUAUACCUGAAUGUUCUUGGCACCUAGAGCCUGAUGCUCUGCCUACACUUGUUUCAAAAUAAACCAUUCUUGUUCUACAUUCUUGCUCCAAGACUAUGGGAGUUCAUGACUUGUGUCUUUAGAUAGAUUUAAGGUUAUAUUGCUGUACAUUCUGAUGAUUGGCUAUAUUAAUCUUCAUCCCGAUUAAUCAUAUUUAGAAUUUCAGA